CCAUUGCGUUUUUCGUUUGCAACGAGUUGGCAGCACUCUCUCUCACACACAAAGUGCUCAUUAAUUAGUUCGCAUUUUAGACGACGAAGCAGCGAUUCCAGUGUUCAGCUUCGAAACCCAACAUAAACACUCUUAACCUGCGAGAACUUUCAUAGCAAACUAAUUUUUGUACCAGAAACCCCCUGAUCCGAUCCCGAAUCCAAAAUCCCAAACUCCCUAAUUUUCUACAUUAACGUAAAUAGUAUUCCAUAUACAUUUAUACAAUUCGUGUAUAUUGAAGGGACAACAGCAGCAGUAGCCACAACAACAAAAACAAUUUAUAAUGCCAAUCCUAUAGAUUGAGAGACAAGUGAAAGAGAGAGAAUUCAAGUUAACGGGAAUCCCGACACAACAUCCACAUCAUCUCCCUCCCUUCCAAAGAGAAGAAGAGCAAAAGAGAGGAGAUACAACAACAACAACAAAAAUUUGUAUAUUCCAAAACACUCCAUUAGCGAAUAGUUAGGACAGAUAUAUUUAUAUAUAUACAACAACCACAACAAAAUAGAAGUUUAAAACAAUUUUUGCAAAUUAGGCCACAAGAUUUAAGGGAAAAGUAAAGAAAAGAAAAGCAAUAAACGAGGAACCUCAGCGUUAAAUCAUAAAGAUCUACUAUUAUCAUAAAUCUCUACAUACGAUAUAUAAUUAGAUACUACAAAAACGAAGCCAAUCGGGCCAAAACGGGUCAUAAUCGUAAUAAUCGAAGUAUUCAGAAUUGUAGCAAAGUUUUCGUAGUCCUUUAGCAGCCUCCCCCCAUCCUCCCACAUAUAUAGAAUAUAUAUAAAGUUCGUGUGCGGAGAAACGAGCGUAGAUAGGGAUCUUCUGAAUCAAGUAAAUUAUUUUUGAUAUCGAUUUUUGUAAUUGAUUUGAUGCGCAUCAUCGCAUAGAGAGAGAGUGUUAGAGUAUAUAAUAUAUAGCAUUAUCGCGCAUAUCGAUCCGCAUACGCAUCCGCAAACAGCCAUCCACGACGAGCCAUGGACGAGUCACAGCCGAAAACGUUGUAUGUGGGAAACCUCGAUAGCUCGGUCUCCGAGGAGCUGCUCGUCGCAUUGUUCGGCACAAUGGGUGCCGUGAAGGGCUGUAAAAUAAUAAGGGAACCGGGCAACGAUCCCUAUGCCUUUAUCGAAUAUUCCAACUAUCAGGCAGCCUCCACAGCCCUGACCGCCAUGAACAAACGCCUGUUUCUGGACAAGGAAAUCAAGGUAAACUGGGCCACUAGUCCCGGGAAUCAGCCCAAGACAGAUAUUAGCUCCCAUCACCACAUAUUCGUUGGAGAUCUGAGUCCCGAAAUCGAAACGGAGACGCUGCGCGAAGCCUUUGCACCAUUCGGGGAGAUAUCAAACUGUCGCAUUGUCCGCGAUCCACAGACCAUGAAGUCCAAGGGCUAUGCUUUCGUUUCGUUUGUGAAGAAGGCCGAAGCCGAGAAUGCAAUACAAGCAAUGAAUGGCCAGUGGAUUGGCUCGCGUUCGAUACGCACCAAUUGGUCCACGCGCAAGCUCCCACCACCGCGAGAAUCGUCCAAGGGUGGCGGUCUGGGCGGCGGCAUGGGUGGCGGGCCCGGGAAUGGAGGCGGCAUUAAGAGCAACCAGCGGCACACCUUCGAGGAGGUGUACAAUCAGUCGAGCCCCACCAACACCACAGUCUACUGUGGCGGCUUUCCGCCGAACGUCAUCAGCGACGAUCUGAUGCACAAACACUUUGGCCAGUUCGGUCAAAUUCAGGAUGUGCGUGUCUUCAAGGACAAGGGCUUUGCGUUCAUCAAAUUCAUGACCAAGGACUCGGCGGCGCACGCCAUCGAGCAUACGCACAACACCGAGGUCCAUGGCAAUCUCGUCAAGUGCUUCUGGGGCAAGGAGAAUGGCGGCGAUAACUCGAUGAACAACAUGAAUGCCGCUGCAGCGGCAGCUGCCUCUGCCAAUGUGGCCGCCGUGGCAGCCGCCAAUGCGGCGGUUAGUGCCUCAUUGCCAGGCCAAAUGAUGACCCAGCAACAGUUAGCGGCGGCCACUGGUGCCGCGUUACCUGGCCAAAUGAUGACGCCCCAACAGCUGGCAGCUGCCACAGCGGCGCAGUAUCCAUACGCCUAUCAGCAAAUGGGCUACUGGUAUCCUCCGGCACAGGCUUAUCCAACCACCCAAAUGCAGACGCAGUAUAUGCAGCAGGGCUAUUAUCCUUACGCUUACACGACCAGUGCCCAGCAGGCGGGAGGAGUCCCUGCCGGGUAUCGCAUGGUGCCACCGAAUGUGGCAUGGGGUGUGCCUGGCACCGUGGUCCCUGGCAUGUCGGCGGCCUCGUCUGCGGCCGCAGCAGCAAACGGUUCACUUGCCCCCCAGAUGAUGUACAGUGCCGCGAUGCCACAAUAUCAGACCCAAUGAACUGAGUUGUGACGCCCGCUUCGACGCCGUCUGCAACAUCCGUGGAGCCGCUGCAUCCAAGAACGUCUGCCGCCAGCAGCAGUGCAGUCACAAUCGCAGUCGCAAUCACAGCUGCAGCUGUUAGCGCAUUACGCACCCUUAGCUUACUUAGAAUACCAGGUCCUUGCCAAAACCGAGCAGCAGCAGCAGCAGCAUCCGUCGUAUCAUCCUCUGCCAGUCCCUAGCGACGAGAGCAACAACAACAUCAGCCUCUCAACGAGUCUCUUUUUUGCGGCAGCAGGGGAUUAGGGACAUUUCUGGAUUUUUGCGGUAUUUUCAGUUGCGGUUCUAGGCUACGGCUACGUUUUUCUUUUUUGCGACGAGUGCGUCAUUGUGGCGGUCGAACGGGCGUUACGUUCGUGGAGGACACUUUCAUCGUACUCCCACAGUACUGCCGAACCGAAGUGAAGCGUGGAACUAAAAGUUGAACUACGCGCAGCGGCAGGCGAGCAGACAGGCAGGCAGAUAGACAGACACAGACAGAAAGACAGACAGACAGAUGGACAGACAACAACUGAAGCUCUGGGCGAUUUCGGGGGGUAGCUGUAACAAUCUAAUCCAAUCUAAGUACGUGUUAAAAUAAUUUAAUGAUUUGUAAUUUAAGGCAGAUAUAGGCGUAUAAACGAAAGCGGAAGCAAAAAUAAACAAAUGAGAAAUACCACAAAAACAGAGAAAAGAAAGAAAAACAAAAACCAACCAAUAGGCAACAAACAAAUUGGGAUUGGUUCGAGUAAACAAACCACAAAACAUAUAUACAAUCGAAACGGAAUAAAGUGACAAAGCAAAUUGUAAUUGUAACUAAAUUGUAGAUCAUAUGAUGUGUCAACGAAGGAUUUCGAAGGAAAGCAAAGCAAAGGAGGAGUAGUAGUCGGAUGUAUGUAGGUCAGUGGUAAGUGGAUCAGCGAGGAGUAGCCACACACCCACACCCACACAUCGCUGGAGUCGAAAA